AUUACAAAAACAUUAAUCGGAGCAAACCUAAAAUAAUAUAACGCCAAGCACUGUCUACACUGCAUCUUCUAGAAUUAUUUCAAGAAUGAUUUAAACCAAACAACAACAACAACAUGCUUAACCUCGUAACACAAAAUAGUCUGCACAAAUUUAUAUGCUAUAAGUAUUUAACUUUCAGCGGAAAUAAAAAAUACGAGCAAAAAAUAGUACGCGUAUAUGUAGUCUCGUUAAUAAAACAUCAUUCAAAUAACCUUGCACUACCUUAUCAUUCUGUAUGCCGGCAAGGCAGUUUUAGCACUGUCAAUUUGACAGCUCAUUUCGAAUUCGACUUCGACUUCGCACUUACAUAACCUAACCUCGAAAUUUUGACAGUUGUCUGCAAGUAUCAGCGAAUAUUUUUCCAUCCGCUAACAGGCUAAAUUAUAAAGCAACAAAAUGGCUGGAGAUUCACAUGCUGAGGAUGCUAAAUUGUCUGGACUGUCGAAACAUUUCAAUGGCUCCACAAUGCGUGGUCGCGCAAAUGUUGCUAAGGCUACUUAUGCUGUGAUAGGUCUCAUCAUUGCCUAUAAUGUUGUCAAACCCAAGAAGAAGUAGAGGAGUACAACACUUAUUUAAAGCCAAAACAUAGCGAUACAACUCAAUUCGUAAUGCUGCCAGUGGCACAGCUGCAGUAAAAAUUUGUUGUGCUGGUGGGGAGUUGACGAUAUAGUUUAUGGGGGAAUUUAUUGCUUAAUUUGCAGUUGGAAUUAUGCGUUUCUUAAAAAAGUGUGAAAUAAAAUCGUAUUGAUGCCAGUAAAAAUGAA